AGUUACACCCAUGAAACAAGAUAUUUUCUUUACCCAACAGGUUCUAUGGAGAUUUCAUGGCAAGAAACCAGACACCUUGGGACCCAAUACUCGGCUGUACAAGUGGUUGCCCCAGAAUGACCUUCUUGGUCACACAAAAACCAAGGCUUUCAUAACUCAUGGUGGAGCCAAUGGCGUCUAUGAGGCCAUCUACCACGGGGUCCCCAUGGUGGGCAUCCCUUUGUUUGCGGAUCAACCAGACAACGUUGCUCACAUGAAGGCCAAGGGGGCAGCUGUUAGAGUGGACUUCAGCACAAUGUCAAGUACAGAUUUGCUCAGUGCUUUGAGGACAGUCAUUAAUGACCCUAUGUGAGUAUAUUAAUUUUUUUGCUAGGU